AAAGGAGGAAGUGAAAAAAAACAAGGCAGUGUAAUACAGACGACGUUAUGGCGAAUAUUUACACACAUCUUUUGCUCUUAGUCGUUCAUCUGAUUGCAUCUGCCGAACAGUUUGACCUUGUAGAAGAAUUUUCUAUCUUAAACGACCUGAACUCUUGCAGCAGUGUUGGCAGGAACUGUAUAAACGAAACGAACCAAUGUGAAGGUUCCUACGUCCCGGGGGUGUGCGGGAGCGACUCCGGUCUGAAAUGCUGUUCCUCCAAGAUAGACGUUCAGGACACUGGCGACUGCGUGGGCCUUCCAAUUUUGUCACGUGACACAUGGGGUGCGGCCGAACCAAAGCUCAUUGAAAAUAUGACACUUCCGGUUACGAUGUUUUUUAUCCAUCACACGGCCACUCAAUCAUGUGACAGCACUGACUCGUGUGGGAAGCUGAUGAGAGCCAUUCAACGAUUCCAUAUGGACACCAGAGGCUGGAAUGACAUUGCGUACAGUUUUCUUAUUGGCGGCGAUGGUAGAGUGUACGAGGGGCGUGGUUGGGAUCGCGUGGGGUCUCAUACUUUACAUUAUGACUAUGUGUCAUUGGCCGUCUCCUUCAUGGGGAACUUCAACAAUACAAUGCCAGCACCAGCAGCACUAGCGGCCGCUAAUAAACUUCUGAAGUGUGGCGUGCAGAGAAAAGCCAUCACUCCGUCAUACAGUCUGUAUGGUCAUCAAGACGUCAGAGCCACAGAGUGCCCUGGUUACACGUUAUAUAACGCAAUCCGGAAAUGGACUCACUACAACGUCACAACAGACAAAGAUGGGCCUUGCUUGCAAAAGAAAGGUCUGUGUGGACCAGAUUACCUCCCUUGUGAUGGGGAAUAUCAGAAAGGACUGUGUAAUGGGAAUCCUCAAAGACAAUGCUGUGUUCCGAAAACGGAAGUGCUCAUUCCGAAACCAGGAAUUAAAAAUGGAGUUGUUGACUGCUUUGGGAACAUUAUGUUGUUACACCCUACUGGAAGGAAAUCUGGAGGGGUAGCAGAGUCCAGACGGGAACUUGACGCCCAUAUGAAUCUUGCGGCAAAAUACAAAGACUGCUUCAAACAGAUUGGAGCCGAAAUGUGUUUACACCCAGCUGUUAUAGCAGGCAUAGCAAGUCGGGAGUCUAACUUUGGCUUCUCUCUGACCCCUGAUGGCUGGGGAGAUCACCACAACGCUUACGGAAUAAUGCAGUGUGAUGUACGUAAGUGCCCAGUCUGUCGCUUUGGCUUGACGUGCACUCAGUACAAGUUUGAUAGCUGUGACCACAUUGGUAUGAUGACGCAAUAUGUCCUCAUACCCCUCAUCCGAGAUGUUGUCAGCAAGUUUCCAAACUGGUUACCAGAGCAACACAUACAAGGAGGAGUUGCUGCCUACAACUUUGGAAUAGGAAAUGUAAGGUCGUGGGCGAACCUUGACGUUGGAACUACGGACGGGGACUACAGCAAUGACGUCAUUGCUCGUGCUCAGUGGCUAGUGAUUGGUUAUAACUGGUAGAGAAAGUGAUAUCAGACAAUGCAAUUUGAUGCAGAAUGGAUAUAUAUUUUUUUUUUUGUUUUUUUUUUUCAUUGUUAUUGAUCUGCAGAUUAAACUGUGCUUGAAAUGACGUUUUCUAAAAGAUAUCAGUUCUCACAAAAUUCUUCGGUAUAUUGUCCGUUACGUAUUAAUGCACGUUAAAUGGUUAGAAUUUAUGCAAGUUUUGCACCAACACGUUAACAAUGUUCAAGGCGUUG